CAGAGAGAUCCAAGCUUGUAGCGUCACACCCAAGAAGACUCGAUGCUGUAAUCGCUGCCAAAGGCUACGGCAGGUCGCCAGUUGUGCUUACUGAAGGUUUUACUCAAUCCAACAUCCACAGAGGCCAUGUCCACAGAAUCAUAGAUGUGAAGGCCUGAAUAAUGACCAGCCACAGCUAAAACACGGCGGAGUGUGUACAAUGCUAGACUCGGCAUUUACACAGAUUUAGCGAAUUAGCAGUAAUUUACUUAAUAGUUCUUAGUUUAUUCACUCAGUACAGCCUGACGUACACUCUAUAUAGCCAACAAGAACUCCUGGAUAUUGGAACACAAUGCACAAAGAGAGUUUUUGAGAACUUACAACUUUCACUGGACAUCACAAAGACGCCCGGGAGACUGAAACAUCGCUGAGAGGAAGUACCCGGAGACGGCGUUGAGAUAAAUAUAAACAAAUGUGAGGGAAGCGGGGUGUCCUCCGGGCUAGGCAAAAGCUAACCCCACAAAUCAUCCCACAAAAAAGGAUUAUGGAUUGCAGCGUCAUGAUUUUCACGGAAACGUGGCUAAACAACCGCAUACCCGACAACGCUAUUGGGCUAUAGGGGAGCGACGUCUUCGGGGCUGAUCAUACGGCAGAGGACUCUGGUAAGACCAGAGGAGAUGGUCUGAAUUUAUGUAAACAAAGCAUGGUGUACAGAGAGUAACAUAACGAGGAGUCACUUCUCAACCAAUCUGGAGCACCUGAUGAUUAGGUGCAGGCCGUUGUACUUGCCUCGGGUGCUUACGUCCAUUGUUGUUACUGCAGCCUAUAUACCUCCAGAUGCUAAUGCUAAACUAGCAAUGAAAGAACUGCCCGUUGAUAUUAGCAAACAGCAAACUGCACAUCCUGAUGGUGCUUUUAUUGUUGCAGGGGAUUUUAACCACUUAAAUCUGAAAACUGUUUUUCCCAAAUUCCACCAAAAUGUCUCCUGCCCCACUAGAGGAGACAAUUCCCCUCCCCCACACGGGACAGCCUGAUCACCUUUCACUAUUCCUACUCCCCAAGCAUUUAUCCCUUAUUAAAUUUGUGAAACCAUCAGUGAGGACAGUCAAAGUAUGGCCAGAAGGGUCAGGCUCAUUGCUACAGCACCAGUUCCAACACACAGACUGGAGGUUGUUUGCCACUCAGGCCACCUUUGACUCCCAUACGGACAUUGAAACAUAUGCUUCUUCCGUUCUGGAUUACAUCAACAAUGUCACCACCCAUAAACUAAUAAAGACCUUAACCAACCAGAAGCCUUGGAUGAACAGGGAGGUCCGACUACAGCUAAAGGCAAGCGAAGCUGCUUUCAGAUCCGGUGAUGCGGAAGCCUACAGCUCAUCCAGGGCCAACCUGAAAAAGGGCAUCAAGAAGGCUAAACAUGACCACAAAUUGCGGAUUGAGGAGCACUUCAACAACAACUCCGACCCUCUAUGUAUGUGGCAGGUCAUCCAAGCCAUCACAGAUUACCGUCCAAAAAACCUUACCCCCACAGCCAGCAACAUCUCCAUCACAGACAAGUUAAACAGGUUCUAUGCUCGCUUCGACAGGGACAACAAAGAUCCAGCCAUCAAAGCUGAGCUCCCCCAGACGAGCUGCCCCACAUUCAUCGCAGAUGUGUUGUCUGCACUGAGCAGGGUGGUUGUUCCCACAUACUUUACGACUGCAACCAUUGUGCCAGUGCCAAAGCAGUCAGCCGCAGCAAGCCUGAAUGACUUUCGACCUGUUGCACUCACCCCUACGAUCAGACUGGUUUUGGCAUACCUUAAGUCGUGCCUCCCUCCAACACUGGAUCCCCACAGGUCUACGGAGGACGCCAUCGCCACAGCUUUACACUUUGUCCUGACCCACCUGGACAAAACCAACAACUAUGUGAGAAUGCUGUACAUAGACUUCAGCUCAGCCUUCAAUAUGGUCGUUCCCUCUAGGCUGGUCACCAAUCUUCAUGACCUAGGGAUCAGCCCCUCUCUCUGUAACUGGACUUAGGACUUCCUAACCAAUAGACCCCAGUCUGUCAGGUUAGACAACUUCACCUCCUCAACCUUGAACAUGAACACUGGUGUGCCACAGGGCUGCAUGCUGAGCCCCCUCCUGUACUCCCUCUUCACCUUUGACUGCAUUCCUGUACACGGUUCCAACAUCAUCGUCAAGUUCGCAGACUACACCAUGGUGGUAGGUCUGAUCGGUGAGAAUGAUGAGUCAGCCUACAGGGAGGAGGUCAGGACCCUUCACAUCCAUGCCACAAACUGUUUGCUCUCCUACCAUCGGGCAGGCGGUACAGGUCUCUAUGUUCCCGCACUAGCAGGCUCAAGAACAGUUUCUUUCCAGCUACUGUAACCCUGCUGCCCACCGCUUAGUACUGCCUCUCAGGGACCUUGUUUCAUCACUCUCUUUGCACUGUUCACGGUACUACUGGACUCUGAUGUUGGACAUAAUUCUGAUUAAGGACAUAAUUCAGUUGUACAUGUACAUGUCUACCUCGGUAAUCUCAUUGCUACUAUCCCUGUAUUUCAGGAAUAGGAGUUGCCCUUUCAAUUUGCCUUCAUUACACAUUUAGACUUGCCAUUUGUACUUGUCAUUUGCCUUCAUUGUACAUUUAGACUUGCCAUUUGUACUUGUCAUUUGCCUUCAUUGCACAUUUAGACUUGCCAUUUGUACUUGUCAUUUGCCUUCAUUGCACAUUUAUACA